CCGCCCCGCGCCCAUGCUCCGGAGUUCAGGGGUUGGCCAGCAGCUGUUGCUCAUUUCACAGUGGCCCCGCCCAUACAGUGCGAGGCUGGCGGUGCAGCCUUCACAGUAGAUGAACAGAGAGAUCUGCUAACUUAGAGGAAAAUGUCUACACUGUGAGCACCAUAAAGGAAACACUGAGCGCAGGAAACGGGAGCUCUGCUGCUGUUGUGUUGAGAGAAGCUCAGAGCGGAGCCCAGAGCCUGUUGUGGGUAAAUCCCCACCAUCGACACCAGGACCCUGCCUUUUCUCCUAGCUGCCCUGUCGAGUGAAACAGCUUCUUCUUCAGCUUCCACCCUGUUCCUCCUCAUGUUUCUGCGGGCUGAGUGGAGGGCAGGGCGAGCAGACGCAGGCUGCCAGCCGGAGUUGCGCACACCAUGAUGGGGAUGGGGUUGCACAAGAGGCUGCUUUUUGGCACGCUCGCCGUCGGCUGCCUCCUGUGUGUCUAUGUCUUAGCUUUGACACUGGAGAUGCCUCUGGUGCCUCUCUACAGCUUCAUACAGAGAACGAGCAGCAACUCACGAGACUCUGAGAAACCUCUUAACAGGCAGAGCAACAGUGACCAGUUGGCCUACCCGCCUCCAGUCUCCACCUUACAUCCACCUUUAAAGACUCACAUAGUGCAAAAGCAAGUCCUGGAUGAUGGGAUACCAAAGUCCAGGUCUGAUGAUGAUGAUAAAGCCAGAAUCGAUACCAAAAGAGCCACAGAGAAGCCUGUGCAGGCAAUCAAACAUGCAGAAACCUCCAAAUCCAGGUCUGAAGAAGAGAAUAAAGCCAGGAUUGACAUACAAAGACCCACAGAGAAGCUUGUGGAGGCAGCCAAACCUACAGAGCCUCCCUUCAUAGGAGACUUUUACAUGAGUGAAGACAUCCCUCCACAAACGGACUGCUCAGACAGCAUUCGAGAUCGGGUCGGGAAAACUGAGUUUGGAGAGAGAUUUCUGGAAAAUAUUCCAGUUUUGCAGUGGGCCAAACAUGCAACACGUGAACAACACCAGCGUCUGAGCCGUUACCCAGGAGCACAUGGCUGGGAAGGGAUCGAUUUCAAAACGCUGGUUGAAACUCUCUCCGUCCUCAACUCUUCUGCUAACUGGCAGAUGUUGGAUGACUGGAAGACUCGCGACAAUAAAUCAGAGUGCAGACGCUGUGCUUUGGUGGGGAAUGGAGGGAUACUGAAAAACUCACAGAAAGGAAAGGAGAUUGACAGUCAUCACUAUGUCUUCAGGACCAAUGGGGCAGUUAUUAAGGGCUUUGAACAGGAUGUGGGGUCUCGGACCACCCACUACACGUUUUCCACAAAUACUCUAAUGAACUCCAUACAGAGCUACGCAGGUGCUGGGUACGAAGGCCCCCCUGUGUCUAAGGAAACGCGCUACAUUUUCCUGCCGGAUCAUGAUCGAGAUUACCUGCUGAUGAAAGCAGCAGCAACACACACGCUAGUUGAGAGCGGGCGUGAGAAGGGCAAGAAUCCAAUGAAGUAUUUUGGAGAGGAUGUGUCAGCAGACAAGUUGAAGAUGUACCACCCUGACUUCAUCCGCUACCUCAGAAACAGAUUCCUUAGAUCAAAUACUCUGAAAACCAAAUAUAAAUACAUUUACCGUCCAUCAACUGGUGCCACGAUGCUGCUGGCAGCGCUGCACACCUGCGAUCAGGUAAGCGCGUAUGGCUUCAUGACCCCAGACUACAAGAACUACUCUGACCAUUAUUACGACAGCAGCUAUCACCCUGUGGGUUUUUAUGCCAACCACGACCUGCGUAUGGAAAUGGAUCUGUGGCAGCAGCUGCACAAGGCCGGCCUCAUACGGCUCUACAUGCGCAACUAAAUGAAGAUGACCAGAAAAUGCAUCACAUCGCUGUCUGCACACGAGUCGCCAGAGCAUAAGAGAAACAAGAUGUACUGAUUCUGCGCAUAUCAAAAUGACAUUUCACAGCUUCCUGAAAGGAAAAAAAUGUUUUCAAGGAGGAAAUGAGAAUUAUUUUUUUUAAAGGACAACUGUUAUUGUUCAGGGUGAAGAUUUGUUCAACAAUGAUUUGUUUUGCUAAUUAACAUUUAAAGAAUGUUUAUCUAUCAUGGGAAGCUUUGUUUUGGCUACUGUUAGGAAAAUAGGUUCUGUUAUCCUAAUAAAAAAAAAAGUUAAAAGGUGAAAACAUAUUUUGGAUUAAGGGCUGCUGGUCUGGACCAAAUGAUCUGCUAUACACUGUGGUUCAGACUGUAAGAAAUACAGUUGGACUUCUUACUUUCUGUCAUAUAUGGGUUAAUUCUGUAAUUGUUUCAAAUAAUGAAGUCAGUGUCUGAAGCACUAAUACACAUAGUAUUUAUAUAGCACCAAAUCACAAUAAGUCACCUCAAGGGGCUUUACACUGUAAAGACAAUAAUAGUCAUGCAUUCUUGAGGGGCAUUGAUUUUCUAUUGUAAAAGGUUAUUUUUCUCCUUUACCUCCACAGUCUCUGGUCUGUAAUUCAGUGAUAUUUAGCUUUCCUGUGAGCCUUUCUGUUACUGCUGCUAACUGAAGUUGGGACUGCAAACUGACUUUCAUGCAGUCUACCCACCUUUAAACCAGCAAACCACAAAAACAGAGAAUUUUAGAUCAUAUCACAUAUCAGAAGUUAGUAUUGUGUGACACAACAUGUUGGCAAGAUUGGAAUCAGGUUGGCAAUGUGCUUAAAAUAUCCCCACCCUGCAGAGAUGGUCAGAGCACUGCUGGCAGUGACUGAGGUCCUUUUUUUUUUCUGAGGGAAUAAUCUGAGUCUGUGUGUUUUACUGUGGAAUGAAAAGGGAAAGGAUUCACUAACUGUGGCUUUAAGCUCACUGCUACAGAUUUAUGACAUUAAGUAUUUAAUUUAUUUUCUUGUUUGCGUUUUAAAUCAUAAUACUGGACUUUCAGUGCCUUCAAUGUGAAACAGCAGUUUGUAUUCAUUACCGUAAGAGUUGAACGAGGUUAUUGCUUCAGUUUGGACUCACCUGCUUGUUAAUCCACCACACCUGAAUUUCUCUCUGACCACGAGGGACUCCGCUGAGAUUUAUUGUCACUCGACUGCAUGGAUGUACUUCUAAAGAGGACACAUGGUCUGAGGUGGAGGGAAGGUAAAGAAACCAAAAACUCUCAAAUCAGGGAAUGUGUGUGUAUUUAAAAUGUGCUUUUUAUUAUUUUUUUUUAAAAAUUAAAUCAGUGCAGAAAAAGCUAUGCAGUGUUUCCAUCAUUUCUACAAAGUAAAG